GAACCUCCGUACACUAUCGUAUACGUAACAUCUUCUCACAGGAUACAUGCUCAGUCACAUGGAACUUGCUCUUCUUGUGAAGUGUUGAAGAAAGAAAAUGCUUCCUUAAAAUCAGAGCUAAAAACUUUAAAGCCCCACGGUGGACUACACUCAGUUAAUAAGGAGACAUCAGUUGAGAAUUUAAUUUUCAGUGAAAGACGAGUCAAUUUAUUAAAAGCUCACGUACUCCAGCUAAAGAGACAGUUAUUAAUAUUAUCUAAUGCUCUUGAGGGCCAGGUUCAAUUGCUAUCUGAUCUUCAGGUUUACGGGGAAGCACUGGAAUAUAAGAUAAAAAAUAAAGAGCCAAUUGCUGAAGAUGUAACACGUUUGAGAAAGUUGAAUCAAAGGCUUAAAAAAGUUUCAUGUCCCAUAGAAGAUGUUGCUCUACCUUUAGUGUAUACUGGUGGAUUAUCAAAGCCACUCACAAUGUUGGACUCUUUAUCUAACAAAGAUAAUAUAUCACUUAGAGAAAUAAGUUGGAUGGAGAGUGAAUUAUCAAAGCUACAUAGCCAGUUACGAAGGCUUCAUACCUCCCUCUCUUUAUUACCAAAGUGUACUCCAGUACUGCCUACUCUAAAGGAGGUUGAUCCUCUUUAUAAACUGCUGGAUCACUCAAGUAUUGAAGUACUGUCUGGCACAAUGGAUCUGUUAUCAACUGUAUCUCAAGAACUAAUGACCCUAUCACUAGCUAUACCUGGGCAAACUCCACACAAAUUGACUAAUGAGUAUAUUACUGACACUGAAAUGGUUAAAAAGGAAUUAUCUUUAGCUAAAGACAAGAAAAUAACAAAGCACAAUUCUAUAGACAUUGUUAGAGACAAUACAAGAUCACUUGAAAUAAUAGAAUCAAGACAAGCUGACCAGUUGAAGGCUCAAGAGGCAGAAAUAAUGAGACAGAAAGAGAGCAUGGAAGAUUAUGUGAAGUACAUUGAAGAAUUGUUUCUUAGCAUUAAGACAAGUCAUAAAGAGUUCAUGAGGGAUUUGUAUCAUAAGAUUGACCUCCCAUUAAAAGAUCUUACAGCUCAUUAUUAUCAUUUAAAGGCCAGCAACAGUUCAUUGGAGAUAUUGGAAUCAUAUAUUUAUGAAUUAAAUGACUUUUGUAGACAGUUAAAGCAAAUAUCAGAGAAAGACUCAGAGUCAUUAUUAGAUGUAUUCAAUGAAAUUUCAUCAAAAAGUACAAAGAUGAAUGAAUCUCAUAUCACUUCUUAAUUAAAAAUAAAUAAUUAUUAUUAAUUGUAUUCUCAUACAAAAGACUUUAAAUGAAAAUUAUUAUUGAACACUACUUUACUUUAGUCACUGCUUUAAUAGCCUAAAACUAA